AUGGCGGGCAAUAUUGGUAAUGUCGCAACGCAUGGUGCAAAACAGACUAAUUCCAUAUAUGACAUCAGCCUCAUAAAAAAUGUCGUCCAAGUCUCGAUCUCACGAGCUACAGAAGUAGCAACUGCGCAAGAAUUUGGAAGUCCAUUGAAAACCAAGUAUUCGUAUGAUCCUCUUCGCGAUCUUAUUCGAGGUUUUGGUCAUGGAGAUAUUGAGGCCAAACGUUACCAUGGUCUUAAUAUUUAUGAAAGUCUACGUGGCAAGAUGAUAACAUCAACCGGACACCUUGAGGAACUAGCGAUGGAUGAACUCAUCAAACAUGAUGGUGAACGAUUGGACCCUCUUGGUAGCCUUAUAGUGUGCCUUUCGGUGCCUUUGACCAAAACUGUGCUUAGUUACCUGAUUGCAUCUGCUAUUAUGCUACAUAUUCAUGGGUCGAUCGAUCGGACAAUGGAAGGUGCUAUCAGGAUGCUUCAAGGGAAGGUCGAAAAGUACGCCGUUUCCAUCAUCAGCCGCGAUGGCAUGUGUAACAAGCUUGAAAACGCAAAACAAAAGGCUACCGCGUUGAUCCAGCGUCAUGCACCUCGCAUUCGUUGCCAUUCCAUGUUUUUGCCUCCUCGGGGUCGACAUGAGGAGGGCGAUUUUAUAGCUUUCAUCGCUCAGCUCUGGUCCGCAAAAGCCGAGGGUCAGAGGAUAUUUACCAGAUCCAUUAAACUAAUGGCAUUUUCGCUCUUGCUUUCUGAAUAUGGAUGGCAAAUUGAUAUCUUUAUUGAGGAAGAUAGUACAGAGAAGGCAGAAAACCCAGAGACAACAAGUUUUAUCCCCAUCAAAGCUGAUACGAAUGCAAUAUCAGUCAUUUACAGUUCGCUCUCAAAAGAGGGCGGUCGAGAAUACGUUGAAAACCAUGCCAAGUACUCUCUGCUCCGAGAAGAUCCAUACAUAUCCACCGUCUGCAUGGCUAUUCCCGAGCAAAUGGGAUACAAAGCUGUCAAUGAGUUGUGCACUGGAGAAGUUCAAUUCAACGUCACUAUAAGCCUUGGUGGCUUUACCAAAAUAGAUCUUGUUGGCAAAUCUAUGGCAUCUGGAGCCUUUGCAAAGAGUUGCCGAAAUCUACUGGGAAGAUUCAGUAUGGCAGGUGCACCCGAGCAAGUGAAAAAUCUCGUUGUUGAUGCUUUAUGCCACACCUUUCCUGACUAUGACUGGGAUCUUCUCGAUAAUCAAAUCCAAAAUUGCCGGUACCCAGAUGCUCCAUUUACGACGCUGCUUACGGAUUCUAAUCCUGACGAUUGUCUUAUCUGGGUGGUUGCGGGUGCCGUUCUUGCUGUGUUUCACAAGAUAGUUCUAUCACUCGCCAACAUACCAGCCACCGGUAUCAUCAGAACGCCUGCAGGACCAGGGAUACAUAAGUUCGUCCAAUACGGAACUGGGCUUCUUAACGGUUUACUCGAAGGAACUUUACAACCUUCAGAAGCCGUCCUGUUUUGUGCAGCUGGGUUAGCAGGCGCUGAUCCUGAACAAAUUCAACUUAUAGACACCAACUAUCAGGCUAAGAUUGUUGGUUACUGGGGUGGUCAAUAUGGAUUGCUCUUAACACCGCUAUUUGAGCGGUCUCUCUAUUCUGAUAUGGCGAAAGAGAAGAUGAAACCGAUCACAUUCCAUAAUAUACCAAUUAUGGGCAUGUCGACGGACGAGCGAGGCUGGCUGUAUAUCAUCGAUCCCGCACAUUUAGUUACAAAGAACAACAUUCAUGCGAUGUCAUCAUGGAGUAUCGCCCGCAUUUCGAAGAGGAUUCUCGCUGUGUUGUUGCAGUGGUAUAUCUAG